AAAAAAUUUACAUUAGCAUAACAGACAUCCUUAGUCCAACCAAAAAAAAACAAUGGCUACUUCGUGUUCACUCAUUUCCACAUUCUUCCAUUGUUCUUCCUCAUUUUCUCGCUAUCCAAACACCAAACCUCUCAUCCACCUUUCCAAAUCCCUUCAUCUUCACACAUCCACACACCCCAUUUCACCCCCUACCCUCUUCUUCCUUCGCCCUCUAACUUCAACUCCAACUCCAACAAAAACAACAACAACAAUUCUUCCCAAACUCACUAUACCCAGAAACUUCUUGGAUUCUAUUCUCAUUUUAUGCACUUCUCUCGCUCUUUCCUUCACCCUCUUCCUCGCCGGCGCUGAUUCCGCCUCCGCCUUCGUCGUCGCCACCCCGAGGAAGUUGCAAUCCGAUGAACUCGCCACCGUUCGCCUCUUCCAAGAGAACACUCCCUCUGUUGUCUACAUAACCAACCUUGCCGUCAAGCAGGAUGCAUUUACGUUGGACGUGUUGGAGGUUCCUCAAGGAUCUGGGUCGGGUUUUGUUUGGGAUAAGGAGGGUCAUAUUGUGACCAAUUAUCACGUUAUCCGAGGUGCUUCUGAUCUUAGGGUCACUCUUGCUGACCAGUCAACUUAUGAUGCCAAAGUUGUUGGUUUUGACCAAGACAAGGAUGUUGCUGUGUUGCGGGUUGAAGCACCAAAAGACAAACUCAGGCCUAUACCUGUUGGGAUCUCUGCUGAUUUGCUUGUUGGUCAAAAAGUGUAUGCUAUUGGGAACCCGUUUGGACUGGACCACACUCUCACAACUGGUGUCAUCAGUGGACUUCGGCGAGAAAUUAGUUCUGCUGCAACUGGUCGUCCAAUUCAAGAUGUUAUACAGACAGAUGCAGCAAUUAAUCCUGGUAAUAGUGGAGGGCCACUCUUAGAUAGUUCUGGAAACCUCAUCGGUAUAAAUACAGCUAUAUACUCCCCAUCCGGUGCAUCCUCCGGCGUUGGAUUUUCUAUUCCAGUGGACACUGUAAAUGGAAUUGUUGACCAAUUGGUGAAGUUUGGGAAGGUCACAAGACCUAUCUUGGGAAUCAAGUUUGCUCCAGAUCAGUCUGUUGAGCAGUUGGGAGUAAGUGGAGUGCUUGUCUUAGAUGCUCCUUCCAGUGGUCCAGCUGGGAAAGCAGGUUUGCUACCAACCAAGCGCGAUGCCUAUGGUAGACUCAUUUUAGGUGACAUCAUAACAUCUGUGAAUGGUAAGAAGGUUACUAAUGGAAGUGAUUUGUACAGAAUUCUUGACCAGUGCAAAGUGGGUGAUAAGGUGAUUGUGGAGGUGUUGCGAGGUGACCACAAGGAGAAGAUCCCUGUAACUCUGGAGCCAAAGCUUGAUGAAACAUGAUGAUAAUAAGCAAGUGAUCCUGCAUGUAUAUACAUUUCAUAUGCCAGGGAAUGCAGCUAUUUUCUGUGUAUUCUUAGGUUGUUUCUUUAUAAAAUGGUCCAAAUGUACAUAUGUACUAUGGUACUGGCUGCUGAUAAUUAUCUUUCAACUUUUUGAUUAUGAAACUGUGUAGUAUAACUUGCCACAUUUAUCUGCCCCAAUACAACUUUGACAGAAGGGGGAGCACUGGAACAAGCAUGUUAUUCUAUUUAUGCUCAUUGUGGUGAAGAUUUAUUCAUUU